AUGGAUUUCACAAGUCUCAAGGACCAAGUGAGCAACCUCACGCUCUACGACCUCAAGGCCGGUGUGCGCAAGGUCCAAAAUGCGGUGAUGAACUUCACUGAGAUGGAGGCGAAAGUCCGCGAGGCGACGAACAAUGAGCCGUGGGGCGCUUCCUCGACGCUCAUGCAAGAGAUCGCCAAUGCCACGUUCAAUUAUCAAUUACUGAACGAAAUCAUGCCCAUGAUCUACAAGCGCUUCACCGAGAAGGCAGCUGAAGAAUGGAGACAGAUAUACAAGGCUCUCCAACUUCUCGAGUUCUUAAUCAAGAACGGCUCCGAACGGGUCAUUGAUGAUGCGCGCUCCCACGUCUCCCUCCUGAAGAUGCUCCGGCAAUUCCACUUCAUCGACCAGAACGGCAAGGACCAGGGUAUCAACGUACGAAACAGGGCUAAGGAACUUGCCGAGCUUCUGAGCGACGUCGACCGUAUCCGUUCAGAGCGCAAGAAGGCCCGCGCGAACAGAAAUAAGUUCGGCGGUGUUGAGGGCGGCAUGGGUAUGGGCGGCUUCUCCAGCAGCGGAGGUUUCUCGGGCGGCAGCAGCAGCAGAUAUGGGGGCUUCGGGAGCGAAAGUGCAAAUGCCGAUUACGGAGGCUACAGCGGGGCUGUCUAUGGCGAUGGCGGCGGUUUUGGAGGCAACGAGUCCGGCUUUCAAGACACACAGCGACGAGGAGACAAGUUCGAAGAGUACGAUGAGGGAGACGAUGUCGAAACUUCUGCUCCUCCCCGACGGACACAGGCAUCCUCGACUCAAGUCCGAAGGGAAACCAAGAAAGAAGACCCACAACCAAAGGCACCAGAGCCAGUUGCAGAUCUGCUAGCAUGGGACGAUGAGCCUGCGCCAGCUUCUUCUGCAGCGGGAAAACAGCCCCUUGCAGCUAGCAAUGAUUUCGGAGAUGACGACUUCGACGACUUCCAAUCGGCCGCACCUGCAGCCCCAGCUGCGAAGCCUGCAGCAGCAGCUUUCAUUGCGCCUCCAGCCUCCACGUCGACGAUCGGUGCUUCCACACAAUUUGCGGCUCCUCAACCCCAGUCAGCUGCACAGAACAACAACCUGAAUGACCUCUUCGCUACUGUUUCCCCGCCACCGGCGAGCAACAACUUCGCCUCUCCUCCCCUUGCUACGCCUGUUUCAGCUACAUCGAGUAUAAACCAGCCAUACAAGCCUUCUGGUAUCGGUGGUAUCGGUGGGAAGAUCGGCUCUGGAGCACCUAAAAAGACCGGAGGCGAUGCAUUUGCGUCUCUAUUGGGCGGAUCUGGUCCUAAAAAGACGUCUACGCCCACGCAGAAGGUCACCAUGGCGGAUAUGGCAAAGCAAAAGACGAGCCAAGGAUUGUGGGGAGCUCCUGCUUCUGGGUCUAGCACUCCUGCUUCACAGCCUCAGAGCGGGUCCAAACCCGGUGGUGCUUUGGGUGAUUUGCUUGGUUAA